CUCCGUGACAUUACGAGCGCGCUGUCCCAACGAGAACAUCCCACAUGCACGCUGCACUGAUUCAGCAUGUGAGCCAGCGGGCUGAAGCCGCGAGGAUGAGCCACUCUCCAUAAACUCUACUAUCUGAUCUCUCCCAUAAAACACGCUGCCUGCUGAUAUGUAACGCAUGGAUUAUGGAACGGCUGUGGAUCUGUAGCAAAAUCCUCCUGUUUGCAAGCGUUUGCGUGGGUUCAUCGUUGCAGGUUGGCGAGGACGCUUCUUGCGAUGGGGCGUUUGAUAUUUACUUCGUGUUGGACAGGUCAGGCAGCGUGUGGAAACACUGGGGUGACAUCUACGGAUUUGUGGAGCAGCUCACCAGCAGGUUUGUCAGUCCCAGGAUGCGAGUUUCCUACAUAGUUUUUUCAUCUCAGGCGGUUGUCAUACUUCCGCUGACAGGAGACAGAUCUAAGAUAAACCAGGGGUUGGAGGAGCUGAGCCAAAUCAAACCUGCCGGUGAAACAUACAUGCACGAAGGUUUGAAAAAGGUGUCGGAGCAAAUGAAUACACAAACUUCACCGUCAUCCACUAUCAUUAUUGUUCUGACUGAUGGAAAGCUAGAAAUCUACCCAUAUGAACUAAGCGUAAAGGAGGCCGACAGAGCCAGAGGGUUCGGAGCCAGAGUGUACUGCGUCGGGGUCAUGGACUUUGAUAACAAACAGCUCGCCGAAAUAGCAGACGGCACCGAGCAAGUCUUUCCAGUUCUGUCUGGGUUUCAUGCUCUUAAAGACAUCGUCAGCACGAUCCUGAAGCAGUCGUGUGCAGAAGUGUUCACAAUAGAGCCGUCGACUGUUUGUGUGAAUGAGUCUUUCAACGUGGUGCUGAGGGGUUCUGGCUUCAGCGGACCCAAGAGGGUUGAGAACGUACUCUGUUCCCUCACUGUCAAUCAAGUGACGCACAAUCAGAAACCAACAGUGGUCAGAGACGGCUACCUGCUGUGCUCGGCUCCUGUACUGCAAGAGAUUGGACAAUCAGUAGAAGUGCUGGUCAGCCUUAACAAUGGAAAAUCCUACAUCUCCAGUCCCAUCAGCAUCUACGCCACAUCAUGUUCAGAUGGGAUGUGGGUGCUCUGGCUGCUCUUGGCUCUGUUGCUGUUAUUAAUCCUGAGCUUACUCUGGUGGUUCUGGCCUCUCUGCUGCACUGUGGUCAUCAGAGACCCACCUCCGGCUCGCCCCCCUCCUCCACCUCCUGUGAUUGAGCCAGAAGAGGAUCCUUUGCCCAAACAGAGGUGGCCCACGGUGGACGCUUCCUACUAUGGAGGCAGGGGCGCUGGAGGGAUCAAACGCAUGGAGGUGCGUUGGGGGCAGAAGGGGUCCACGGAGGAGGGAGCGCGACUGGAGAAAGCCAAGAAUGCUGUGGUCACGAUGCCGGACGAUGUGGAGGAGCCCAUCAUUCCGCGACCACCACCGAGACCUCCUCCUGUAUACAGACCCCCACCACAGUCUAAAUGGUACACUCCCAUCAAGGGACGUGUCGACGCACUGCUGGCAUUACUGAGGAGACAGUACGACCGGGUGGCCAUCAUGAGGCCGACCCCUCACGACAAGGGCCGCUGCAUGAACUUCACCAGAGUUCAGAGUCGCUGACGCUGAGACUCUAAGGAUCACCUUUUCACUUUAUUCCAGCUCUUAACCAAAGACGACCAGUACGUACACUCGGACAUGAAUGUGUGUUGUAAAUAAAACUUCUUUACGUAAAA